AAUGUGGUAGGCUGUCUGGCUCCAUCAUAAUAUUAUUAAGCGAGUUAAAUUUAUUUCGAAAAUAAAUAUGAUGUUUAAAUUCCUAGUUUUUUCAGUGGUAUUUUUAAUAUCGAAUAUUGAAGGUAGACUCAAUUACACCGAGGGAGGUUAUGAAGAUAUCUGGAAUAGUAGUCGAGACCCGAAAUUACUUCUAAACGUGCUGAUUGAACCUACCGUGUGUAAAAGUACUGACGGAAAAGAAUACGGAGUAUGCAGAUCCGAUUGUCGGGCUCCUAGCGGAUUGGAAAUUGGGAAGUGUGGAAAUGGAAUGAGAUCUUGUUGUCGAGUCAUCGUUACCACGUCUCCAUCGGAUAAAACUGCCACCACGAUUACACAAUCGGCUGUCACCUUGGUGUCAAAUGGUGUCGCGAGAUCCAACAGUAUCAUCGACUUUCCAAGAAAUUCCGAAGUUUGCCAAUUGAAAGUGUCCUUCCUCCAGACGAGACUUGCAAUCCCAUCGACGGAUCCGCUCAGUUGGGGGAAGUGCAUGAAAGACGUCCUUACAAUUACUGGGUCACCUUCUUUCGUGGGAGAAUCACUCAUCGUUUGUGGAGAUUUGACUGAUCAGCACAUGUACCUAUCCUACGGAAUGGGGAACGAACUACCUUCCCGUAAUAUUAGGAUGAUUAUAAAGACUUAUUCAGCCUCGGCAAAAUAUGCCAUCAACGUGGCCCAAAUAAAAUGUGGAUCUACAGAAAUCGUUCCGGACGAAUGUCUCCAACAAUAUACCGGAGACACGGGAAGAGUACGCAGUUUCGGUUUUCCGUAUCAACUUGAUAAUCAAAAUUACCAUAUUUGCCUCCGUGGAAAACCUGCGGUUACGGGGAGAGAGUGGAAAGAAUGUUCCGGAACGGGAAGUUCGAAACCUUUCUACAUCACGGGUGCAGAUCCGAACUAUCCACCCGAGACCGGCGUGGUGGACUGUUCCUACGAUAACAUCCGCUUCUUCUCAGCCCCUGGCGCCAUGCCGGUCACGUUAGAAUUGUGUGGAGGCGAGUUUCUGCCAAUUACUGUCCCUGGGCAAAACGGAGCGAUCAAGGUGUACUUCGACAACGGUGAGCUGUCCAAUUCCGUCGUCGUGACCAAUGUUCCACCCAGCAGAGAAAACGACUUCAAACUCAGCAACCUUUAUAUAGAAUGUGUCCCAGUCAAGUCUUACACGGGCGUGGCCUACAUUUGCAACGUGAGACCAACUGCCCUUCUCAAUUUCGACAUUCCCGUCGCAGCGGGCGAUAAAUGUCCCAGAAUUGUGGGAUUUCGCGAAUACGAUUGUAUUAAAUCCUUAACUGACGCCACCAAGUGUCACUGUUCGCAAGAGUAUGACGAAUCAGACGACAAAAAUACUGGAUUUUGCUUAGACUACAAAAAUAUUUAGGGGUAUUCACGCCAGCGAAACAAAUUUCGCAAGUGUGAAAAAUUUGAAAAUUAUUUUACUAACUUACUAACUUGCUCAUCUCUAAAGCUAUAUUUAGUAUUUAGUGCGCAGUUAUGUUCAAAAUUAUGUUUCCAUGCAAAAAUGCGAACUCGUUUUGAAUAUAAGUUGGUAAUUCUAAUUAGAAAAAGUAAUAUUUUUGCACAAGAUGAAAUGUUUUCAAUGGUUGUGUAUAACACCAAAUAUUACGUAAUGAAAAUGCUUAGCAUAGGUAACUUAAUUAUUUACAGUGUGUGCAGAACAAAAAGGCAGGCAGUGCCUUUUUGCCUGCCUCUUUGCCUUUUUGCCCCACAAAAAUCUGUGCCUUUUUGCCGUUUUGCCCUUUUGCUAAUUUGGGGCGAGAUGAGACGAGAGUCCCGUGAUAAAAUUAAAGUGAAAGUUAUUCAUUGCGUUUUUAAUACUUUUCGCAAAUAUAAGCCUAGUGUCAAAAUUUGAUUAAUUAAGCUGAUGGCGAUGUAGGAACAACGCUGAAGAUAGCUGGGGAAAAGCAUUCCACUAAUUUGAAGUAUUGAUGAAUGUCAGAACCCUCCAAUACAAUUUUAAAAACAUAUUGCAGAUUCUACAAUUUCUUUAAUACGUUAUAAACGACAAUAAAUCGGGUUCAAUCGUCAAAAAUCGAGCAAAAAGGCAUCAAACAGGCAAAAAGGCACGCAAAAAGGCAAAAGGGCACGCAAAAAGGCAAAAGGGCAUUGAAAAAGGCAAAAAGGCAAAAAGGCAUGCAGAAAAAGCAAAAAGGCUGCCGUUUUGCACACACUGAUUAUUUAUGAUUAAUUAAAGCACCUAGCACCUCUAGCAUGUGACAGACUUGAAGGUCGACAGGGGUCAAAGCAAAGUUACCCUUCGCUUGUUAAAUAAUUAGCUAAUUACGUAUAGCUUGGAGAAAGAUGUAGGUAUGUCGUUCAUCCGAAGCCCAUUGGGUCAAAAGUGUAGGAAAAUUCAAAAUUACACUAGGGAGCAAUAUUAUUCGGGUAAGGGGAAGCUCAAAAUUCAAGUUACAAUAAGUAGGUUACUGGCGAAGAUAUCGAUUUCAAUUCUUUUGCAGCUUAUGCACCAUUUAGUACUCGUGCAGUGGUAUUGACCUCAUUUUUGAAAAAUUUCAAACUUUCGCAUAAUCAAACUAGACGUGAAAAAAGUCAGAAAAAAAGAGAGCAAAAUUAUUCGGGUAAAAUAUUAUUUUACGUGAUAAUGGCAUAUAUACUUGAAAUUAAGCAUACAAAGUUGUACCAAAUUAUGUGUCUGACCUAUUUUACUACAAGUAACUGCAUUGCGAAGAUAAUAGAUAGAUGCAACUAAUCCUAAUAUGUGUUGUUCACCAACAUUUCCCAUGCUUCAGAAUUUUUUUAAUUCACGUCGCCCAUGUCUGAAAAUUUGAGUUUUCGAAUUUAUUUUUCGACCUGGUCCCAGAGAGGUUCUAGGGGAUUAAUAUCUAUGAGCUGUGGGGGCCAUUCCAUCACUACAAUGAGGUUUUUUCAAACUUCUCUCAAGCUGACACAGCUUUUUGCUUGGGGUCUUGGUGUUGUUGGAAUGUAAAACGACGACCCAGGGCCCUCAUGGUGAAAGAACUUGUUCGAUUUCUAUUUAGGUGACCCUGGUGGACAAAUUGGUUCAUGAGUCAAUUCAAAAAUUCGUGAUUUCCACCAGCGGAAGAGCUAGAAGGCCCCCAGGUCAUAAUACUGCCACCACUAUGCAAUACUGUAGCUUAUAAAUUCGUCAUUGUUAGUUCUCCCCCUGACUUUCUCAAAACUCGAGCGCUUCAAUCAGAUUCAGAAGACUUUCGUCGCACGAUUCGACAGACUUUCAAAAAUCUUAUUCCUACAAAAUAUGGACGCAUUCGAAAUUCCGUUCUUUUUCUUGAUCCAGUUUGCUGAUUAAUUGUUUUUUCCUAGCUCCAAAUUUUUUAAGUCUGGCAGUUUUCAGGUUUCUUGCUUCUCGAAAUCGACUUGCCGACUUUCCAAGUUAAUUUUGGACCGCGGCCGCGAUUUUGGGUCCUGAAAGUCUGAGCUUGGCCUACACUUUUUUAACGAUUGCUUGUUAUUUUUUUGCAGGGAAGCUUAGAAAUUGUUUCUGUUUCUAGGAUCUUUGCAGUUGUCUCUGUCUAUAUUUUUUAAUGAUUGGGUGGAUAGGGGGACGAGAUAUAAUGCAUUUUGAAAUUUUGACAUUGCAUGCUCUUCCCGUUUUCAUUGUAUAUCCAAUGCAGGCCGAGUACCACAAUGAGAACCGCUCCAGCCUAUCUUCCCAUCAACUUACAAGUUUCAAAUUUACAAAAUUAAGAAGACAAAAACAUGGUUCAUUAAUGGCACGGAACAAUUUUUACUUAUCACUGUAAUCUUUAUAAAGAUUAGCGUUUUUACAAAAAAAAACGAAUAAUUAUGCUCUCUUUUUUUCUGACUUUCUUCACUUCUAGUUUGAUUAUGCGAAAGUUUGAAAUUUUUCAAAAAUGAGGUUAAUACCACUGAAAGGCUACUAAAUGGUGCAUAAACGGCAAAAGAAUUGAAAUCGAUAUCUUCGCCAGUUACCUACUUAUUCUAAUUUGAAUUUUGACGUUCCCCUUACCCGAAUAAUAUUGCUCCCUAGUGUAUUUAUGCCCGGUCCCUAUGUUCAUAUGUACCUAUGUAAUUGAAACAUGCACAAAAUUUAGAGCAGAAAAUAAGUUUUGGAUUGUCACUUGUAUUUUUCAAACUUAUACUUUUACAUAUUUAUGUGACUCGUAAAUAAAUGUGAAUACAUUUUUUA